GAAAGAGGGGAGUGAGCAGCUACUGCCGUCAAGGUGAAGGAGACUCAGUCAAUGAGUGAGCGUGAUAUAAACUGACAAACUGAUUCGUACGACCCAGGAGGACUUGAAAAGGAUGAAAAAAAAUAUUUAAAAGCUGUUUUCUUUUUGGAUUUGCAGGCCUCAAGGGGAGAUAAUAUUUGUGAGAGGGAAUUCAGCACUCUCAGUCCUUCCUGUUGUGACACUUCAUCAUGGUGGACCUGUUCGUUGACCGGGUGCUGGUGAAGAACAACAAGGACCAGGAUGAGCAGGACACAGAACGAGAGAUCGUCAUGUGCCUGCAGAACCGCAUCCUGAUGCUCUUCUUUGCAUCUGCUGCCUGUGAGAGCUGCCAGCAGUUUGCUCCCACGCUCAGCGACUUCUUUAAACGGUUGACAGAUGAGUUUUAUGUGGACCGCGCUGCUCAGCUUGUUCUCCUGUACAUUAGUUUGGACGAGUCAGAGGAACAGCAAGAAAGCUUCCUUAAAGAGCUGCCCAAGAAGUGCCUGUUCCUGGCCUACGAGGACCCCUACAGGAGGGAGCUGGAGGCCAUGUUUAAUGUGGAGGAGCUGCCCACAGUUGUGGUGCUGCGUCCCGACUGCUCCAUCCUAAACCCGAACGCAGUGCAGGAGAUACUCCGCCUGGGCCCAGACUGCUACCGCAACUGGCAGGAAGCAGCGGAGAUCAUCGACAGGAACUUCAUGAUCAACGAGGACUUUGAGGAGAAGUCGAUGCGUAGCUUCAGUGACCCCGUGAGAAGACUCAAGUACAAGGUGGAGGAUGAGAAGAAGAAAAAGAAGAAGAAAAAGGGCAGAGGGUGGGGCGGAGGUCGAGAGGAGGAGGUGGAGGUGGAUGGAAACGAUGGAGGAGGAUGGUGACGGAGACGAAGAACAAGACUGUGGCUUUCUUUAAAAGUUGCCAUAAUCUGUAAAUUAAAGCUGUGUCACAAUGUUUCCUACUGAUGCUGCCAAUGGAAAACAGUCAGUAUGCCACAAGAAGAAGUGUACAUAAUCUGAAAACUGGGAAGAUUAAUCUGAUGCAGCUCUGCACUGUGUGGCAGGUUUUGAUAUUCAUAAAUCUGUUAAACAUUGUGUUUUGGUUGGGGCCUAUUAAAAUGUUGAUUUAGAGUUUAGUUUAGAGUGUUUAAGGCUUUUAGAACAUUAUGAUGGAAGUAAAUGAUGACCAUGCACAAAUGAUGUCUCUUACAUUGUUACAGAAAUGUUUAACAUGUACCUUUUGUUACACAGAUCUGGUGAGGAAUUUAACUAUUUUUACAGUCUCUCCAAAAUUCCACACUAAGAUAACACCAUAGAUAAAUCCAUGCUGGGAUUUGGAAUCAAAGGAGAUGUUGAUACAAAGGUUUUUUUUUUUGUUUUUUUUUUAGAUUUCUGAAUUUUGUGGCGAACACUUCUGUUCUGUCAACUACUGAGAAACCCACUUAUUGUCAAUAUAGGGUAGCCAUACAUCAUUAAUGUCCCAUCGCUCUGUUGUUUUCAUGAAGCUGUGAUUAUCUUAGAGGUCACAAGAGGUUACAGUGAAAUAGGCUGUUUAGAGAAAACCAGUGUGCAAAAAUAUUCAAGUGAUAUAAAUAAAAUAACACAUUUGUACUCCAUGAGAAAAACUGCAUGGGAUCAGCAUAAAGUUGGCAGGCCAUAGAACCAGUUUUCAUUCAGAUACCUUGAGGUCAGAAGUCAAGGGACCCCUUUGAAAAUCGCGAUGCUAAUUUUUCCCUCGCCAAAAUUUAGCCUUACUUUGGAGCUGCAUAAUUUUUGCCCCAAACUACAUUAGCAAAAAGUGGACAUGGGUGUGUCUGAACAGUUUUAAUACAGAAAGGCUAUCUUGAGGUUAGGGGUCAGUUUUUCCCUCGCCAAAAUCUAGCCCAAAUUUGGAGUGUAUUUAACGCUGUUUCCUAACAAGCUAGAGAGUUGCUUUUCUAUAUCAGCGCCAAGUGUUGUCUUACUGCAAACAUGCAUGUUUGUGUGUUUGUGUGUGUGUGUGUGUGUGUGUGGAUCUGCCAACAACCAAUAAAAAUCUAUGUAAAACACUUUCUAAAGGGAGACUGAAUACUGCAAAUCAGUGCUGACCUCAGCUUAGAAUUGGCCGUCUUUAAUGUCUUUAAAAGCUGCCAAGUAUACAGUCAAGCCAAUGUUAGGUCUGUGCCAAGUCUUACCAUUACGCUUGUUUCAUUACACCCAGGAGAUUAUUCCAACCAUUUCCCCAUUUUCAACCACACAGCUCUGUAAUGCAAUGCACUUUUUUUUACAUGAUAAUUUGCACCAUCCAAUCAAAACACAUCAUGCAUAAUCUGAAAUCAAUGAAUUAUUCAGCACCAUUAAAAUAAUUUUGUUAGUGACUGUUGUGCUCUGAGUGUUUAUGAAGUCUAGCUCCACUUUACAGGCUGCACAAGAAGCAAUCAGAGCUAUUCAAAGGCAGUCAAGUGACAUUAUGGAGAAACGGGCUAUUCGGCAUAAUCAGUGAUUUCCUGACAUGACUCAUCCUCUUUCAUACUAAGGACUGUGUUUAGCCUUUGCACACUUCCCCGUACAUGUAAACUGCAUAAAUGAUGCUUUUAUCCUAUCAGUCAGGAGGACAAGAGGAAGACGGGAGAUUUCUUGCAUCCUCUAUCCUCUGAGUGACCUGAGCCUUCAUUAUAUGCUGCCAUUAAUCCUAAAUUGCAAAUACAAAAAAAGCAAGAGAGUGCUUUUCUUUUGCAUUGUAUAGGAGUA